CUAAAGACACAGAAAAUACCAAAGAGAAACACUACAUAUCUUCCUUAAAAAUGUCAAAUAUUCUCAAGGAAGUUGCAUACAAAGAGUAUGAGAAAUUUGAAGUCAAGUUCACUAGAAAAAGUGUUGUAAAAUCUUCCAAUCCUUUAACAAAGCCAUUUUCAGUGAUCAAUCUUUCAAAUCUUGAUCUACUUUCAGGUCGUUUUCCUGUUACAUACUUAUAUUUCUACAAAAAACCAAAACAAGGUAACUUCAAAUCUUUUGUUGAUUCUCUUAAGACCUCUCUAGCACAAAUACUUAAUCAUUACUAUCCCUUUGCUGGCCAAAUUGUUCAAAAUCCAAAAACCAAUGAACCUCAAAUAAUUUGUGACAACAAUGGUUCACUACUCAUUGAAGCUCAAGUUAACAUUCCACUAAAAAGUUUAGAUUUUUAUAAUCUCAAUGAAACUCUUGAAGAAAAAAUAGUCAAAGUUCAACCAAAUUUCCCUUUACAAAUUCAAGUAACACAAUACACAUGUGGUGGAAUUUCAAUUUCAUUUACUUUUGAUCAUGCAUUAGGUGAUGCAACUUCAUUUGGUAAAUUCAUUUCAUCAUGGUGUGAAAUAUCACAAAAUAAACCAUUAUCAUGCAUACCAAACCAUACAAGAAACCUUUGUACAAAUUCACCUCCUAAAUAUAAACCAUACUUAGACAAAAUUUUCAUCAAAUGCACAAUGGAAGAGAUACAAAACAUGUCAAUGGAGAACAACAAUAUAUCGCUUAAGCGCCUUUAUCAUAUCGAUGCAUCGAGUAUUAACACGCUGCAAAGACUCGCUUCGAUUAACGGAACAAAAAGAACAAAAAUUGAGUCUUUCUCUGCCUAUGUAUGGAAAAUAAUGAUAGGAACAAUUGAUCAAAGCAAAUAUAAAAAAUGUAAGAUGGGUUGGUUAGUAGAUGGAAGAGAAAGAAUGAAUCAAAACAAAAAUUCGAUGUCGAAUUACAUUGGUAAUGUAUUGUCUUUAGCUUUUGGUGAGGCUAUGAUUCAAGAAUUGAAAGAAGCUUCAUUAUCAAAAAUUUGUGACAUAGUUCAUGAUUCAAUUUCUAAGGUUAAUAAUGAGGAACAUUUUUUGGAUUUAAUUGAUUGGAUUGAGAUUCAUAGGCCUGGUUUGAUGCUUGCAAAGGCAGUACUAGGUAAGGAUGGUCCUGUUUUGGUUGUGUCUUCAGGACAAAGGUUUCCUGUUUGUGAAGUUGAUUUAGGAUUUGGGUGUCCUUUGUUAGGGACAGUGUAUACUUCUAUUAAAAGGGUUGGUGUUGGUUAUAUGAAUCAAAGACAAAGUGGUAAAGGUGAUGGUUCAUGGACUGUGUCUGCUAUUUUGUGGCCUGAAUUGGAAGCUGCAUUGAUGAAUGAUUCAAUUUUUCAGCCUAUGAAUGCUUCUCAUCUUCAACUUUAGUGUAGUGCUUUGUUGUUAAAAGACACUCAACAAAAGAAAACAUAUAAGACUAUGGUUGAGUUUAUUUAUGGAACAUGUGUAUUAGAAAUGUUUUUACAAUUUACUCAUUGUACUUUUUGUUUUAAUAAAAUAGUUAACUUUUUAUAAAUAAAAAAA